CAUGAUGUAUUUGUGUUCAUUUUUCAGUCUGCCACUCAGAAGUUCCCUCGUAAUGUCAUUUGUAAUCAGAAAUACAAUAUCAUAACUUUUAUUCCACUGACCUUAUACAACCAGUUUAAAUUUUUCCUGAACAUGUACUUCCUGGUGGUAGCCACCACUCAGUUUAUUCCUGAGCUUCGGAUUGGUUAUCUGUACACAUACUGGGCUCCACUGGCUUUUGUUGUGUUUGUGACAAUGUGUCGUGAGGCAUAUGAUGACUUUGUGAGAUUUAGAAGGGACAGAGAGGUCAAUUCACAAAAAUAUAAGAAACUCACUAAGAAAGGUGUUGUUACCAUUCCAAGCUCAGCUAUCAAGGUAUCAGACCUUAUAAUAAUUGAGAAGGAUCAAAGAGUUCCUGCUGACAUGGUGUUUCUUAGAACUUCAGAAAAGAAUGGAGCUUGUUUCCUAAGAACGGAUCAAAUGGAUGGGGAAACUGAUUGGAAGCUGCGGUUGACUGUUGGACCAUGUCAGCGACUGCCCUGUGAUGCUGAUUUACUGAACAUCAGUGCCUCUGUUUAUGCAGAGAAACCUCAGAAGGACAUACACAGUUUUGUCGGCACCUUUACAAGGUAUGAUGGAGAGAGGACUGAAAUUCCCCUGAGUAUCGAGAAUACCAUGUGGGCCAACACGGUGAUUGCAUCAGGUACUGCUGUUGGUUUAGUAAUUUACACUGGGUCCGAGACAAGAAGCGUGAUGAAUACCUCAAAUCCUGAGACAAAGGUUGGGCUUAUCGACAAGGAAGUCAACAAUCUGACCAAAGUAUUGUUUGUGGCCACUGUCAGCCUUUCCUUCGUCAUGGUGUCAAUCAAGGGCUACAAUGGACCAUGGUAUCGCUAUUUCUUUCGUUUCAUCUUGUUGUUCUCUUACAUCAUCCCGCUAAGUCUCCGUGUAAGCCUGGAUAUGGGUAAAGUUGUUUACUCGUGGAUGAUCAUGCACGACAAAGACAUUCCCGGUACAGUCGUGCGCAGCAGUACCAUCCCAGAGGAACUGGGGCGAAUAGGAUACCUAUUGUCUGAUAAGACUGGAACGCUGACUGAAAAUGAAAUGGUUUUCAAACGUCUUCACUUGGGAACGGUAUCUUUUGGAACAGAUUCUAUGGAAGAGGUUACAAGCCAUGUGAAGACUUCUUAUGCGCCGAGUAGUGGAUCAGCGUCCAAAAAACCUAUGCAGGGAGCGAAGGUGCGUCGCUCGGUUGUCACGCGUACUUACGAAGCCGUCAAGGCACUUGCGUUAUGCCACAAUGUAACGCCAGUAACUGACGAGACCGAAAACAACCGCGAGAGUGCUCGAGUGCGCUUGGAUAGCGUGACCAGUGAAGAUAGUGACGUAGAUGGAGGUGCCGCGUGGGAUGGAACAGCUGUGAAAUAUCAGGCAUCCAGUCCAGAUGAGGUUGCCUUGGUCACGUGGACGGAGAGCGUUGGACUAGCACUGGUUCAUAGAGAUUUGUCAAGCAUGCGUGUGAAGACGCCAUAUGGUCAGAUACUCGUGUUCAACAUCUUGCAGAUUUUUCCUUUCACUUCAGAAACCAAACGGAUGGGCAUUAUUCUCAGGGAUAUGUCAACAGGAGAAAUAACGUUUUACAUGAAAGGUGCUGACACAGUCAUGAGUUCCAUUGUACAAUACAACGACUGGCUGGAAGAGGAGUGCGGUAACAUGGCACGUGAAGGUCUCAGAACUCUUGUCGUUGCCAAGAAAGUCUUGACUGAAGAACAGUAUCAAGACUUUGAGCACCGAUACAAUCAAGCCAAACUAAACAUUUCUGACAGAGCAGCAAAGGUCAUGGAUGUUCAGAAAACUUUAGAGCACGAUUUAGAGUUACUCUGUUUAACCGGAGUCGAAGAUAAACUGCAGGUUGAUGUUCGUCCCACGCUUGAGAUGCUUCGAAAUGCAGGAGUCAAGAUAUGGAUGCUAACAGGCGACAAACUGGAGACAGCCACAUGUAUUGCCCAGAGUUCACGGCUUGUAGCAAGAAAUCAAACUAUCUACACAUUUAAACAGAUAAGUAAUCGUUCUGAAGCACAUCUGGAGCUAAAUUCAUUAAGAAGAAAAAAUGACUGCGCGUUGAUUAUUAAAGGAGACUCUUUGGAGAUCUGCAUACAUCAUUACGAACAAGAGUUCAUGGAACUGGCCUGUCAGUGUCCCGUUGUGGUGUGUUGCCGUUGUUCACCCCAACAGAAGGCUGACAUAGUCAGAUUACUGAAGAAACAUACUGGUAAAAGGACAUGCGCAAUAGGCGAUGGCGGAAAUGACGUCAGUAUGAUCCAGGCAGCGGACGCCGGAGUGGGCAUUGAAGGAAAAGAAGGUCGACAAGCCUCUCUUGCAGCAGAUUUCUCCAUUACACAGUUUAGAUAUGUUGGAAGAUUGCUAGUGUGGCAUGGUCGAAACAGUUACAAACGCUCGGCAGCUCUCAGUCAAUUUGUGAUUCACAGAGGCCUGAUCAUCUCUGUGAUGCAGGCAGUUUUCUCUUGUGUGUUUUAUUUUGCGUCAGUUUCCCUUUUCUCGGGAUUUUUGAUGAUCGGGUAUGGUACCGUAUAUACAAUGUUUCCAGUUUUCUCUCUUGUGUUGGACGAAGAUGUUCCAUCUGACAUCGCCUUAAUUUACCCCGAGCUAUACAAAGAUCUAGCAAAGGGAAGGUCACUCUCGUACAAGACUUUCUUUAUUUGGGUUCUGAUCAGUAUAUAUCAGGGUGGCAUCAUUAUGUUCGGCGGCAUUCUUCUAUUCGAUCAGGACUUCAUCCAUGUAGUGACUAUUACCUUCACUGCUCUGAUUCUUACUGAGCUGUUGAUGGUGGCGCUUACAAUACGUACGUGGCACUGGCUCAUGUUGUUAGCUGAAGUCUUCAGUCUUGCAAUUUACGUUGGGACGCUUGCAAUAUUCAGACGCUCCUUUGACGAAAAAUUUCUCAUAUCAACUGAAUUUUUGUGGAAGGUAGUGGUCAUCACUUUGGUUAGUUGUUUACCGCUGUACAUUUUGAAGUAUCUCAGGCGCAAGUAUGCCCCACCCAGCUAUUCAAAGCUGACGAACUAAGGAUGGUGACCGAUUUGCAGCUCCUGUACAGAUUUGAUCGUCCCAUAACUAAACUAAAAUGCGCGUGAUAGAUUUAGGAAUCGGUAACAAAUUCGAAUGACGGUUAUUGGGCCAUUGAACUGUAUAGGCAUAGGGAUAUAUUUUUAAACAGUAAACAAAUAGAGUAACCGUAUGCGGUCGGUCGACCAGAAACUUAUUCAGAAAGUGGAGUUCACGUUUUCAUUGCUUUACUAACCAGGUAGACCCCACCCCACCCCCGAGAUUAGAAAGUCUUGCUACUAUGGUCGGGUGGGUAGGGGCACGCCUAGGAUUUUCUUACAUGCCUUAAAAUACUACUAUGUCAAAGAAAGCUAUGUGCCAGUUGCGCGGUUUUUUUUUGUUUUUUUUUUGUUAUUACUCAAACUCGACAUUUGCAAUCCGUUUGUAUCUGCUCCAUUCAUUUCUCUUUUCUUUCACUGUUUCAUUUGUUUUCCUCGCAAGAAUAUAUUUGGUUUUCUCCACGUAAUUAACUCGUUCGUCCAUAUAUCGUGACGUUCCGCCUUCAAGAGGGUGCUUUCCAAUGUGGUAGGAGAGGAAACGCAGUUAAUCAAUGAUUGUUUAAUUGUAUAGCUAGAAGUUAAUCCGAAACUGUCAGUAUAUUUAGUAUUCUUUAAGUUUUUGUGCAGUCAAGGAUUUGAUUAGGAUAGCUUCAAACUAUGCAAAUUAAUGGACAGUUUUUUCCUCAGACAGCCAGAUUGGACUCGGCCUAUGGCCUCGUCUAAUUUUGGGUUUCUUCUGAAUUUUAUAUUUAUCCAGUUACUCCCAAAUUGGACAGCAUGCAGUCCUAUUACAUGUAGUAUUUUUUUUUUCGGUCCAAGAGAACUGUAGGUAGUUUCUUGCUUCUUAACCUUUCCAUUCUAAAUCGUAUGGCGUUCUGCCCCCUCCUCGUCCCUUGUAUACUCAAGUUAAAAAUUAAGCUGUUACAAAAUUCAUUUUUGUAUUUUUGUUGUAAAUUUCACUAGGCAAUAAGAAAGGUAAAUAAUUCAGAUAUUGUUGCUAAGUUAUUUAAGAUUUGUGUAUCACCUUUCAAAGGCAGCAGACGGUGGGUGGGAAGUAAAAUUAAUUUUUGGAUCUUUGGAGUGAAGGUGCUGGUGUGGUUCAUGUAAACGCACAUGAUAAAAUUUGUUGGUCUUCUUCUGUCUAGGUAUUCCUUAAUUUGGUCUCAGUAACAUUCCGAAGAAAAGUAAAAUAAAACACUUUCAAAUAAAAGACAAACAGAAA